ACGAAAAAGAGCCAAGUCAAGCCAGAAAAAUAAAACUCCGCCAUUGCUGUGGCGGAUUAUUUGCAGCUGCGUUUAUUAAGAUCAUUUUUACCUAGUGGAAACGGUUACAAUCCGAUUUUACAGUGCAAGAUGGGUGUUCCAAAGUUUUUUCGCUACAUAAGCGAACGGUAUCCGUGUUUGAGCGAGUUACUGCGAGAGAAUCAGGUGCCUGAGUUCGACAACCUGUACCUCGAUAUGAACGGCAUCAUCCACAACUGUUCACAUCCGAACGAUGCGGACGUUACGUACCGGAUAUCGGAGGAAAUGAUAUUCGAGGGUAUCUUUCACUACGUCGAAUAUCUUUUCAAGAUGAUUCGGCCUCAGAAGGUGUUUUUCAUUGCCGUGGAUGGAGUGGCACCGCGCGCCAAAAUGAAUCAACAGCGGGGACGGCGCUUCCGGUCCGCACAUGAAGCUGGAGAGCAGCUGAAGGCUGCGAUCGCCAAGGGUGAAACGAUCCCCGAUGAGGACCGUUUCGAUAGCAACUGUAUUACGCCCGGGACCGCCUUCAUGGUGCGGUUACAGAUAGCCCUGGAACACUUUAUCCAGGUGAAAAUAGCGACCGACAUUCUGUGGAAGGCUUGUACCGUUAUCUUGAGCGGUCAUGAGACUCCUGGUGAAGGCGAACAUAAAAUUAUGGAGUACAUACGGCAUGCGAAGGCACAACCUGGCUUUAAUCCAAACACACGCCACUGCCUGUACGGAUUAGAUGCCGACCUGAUUAUGCUUGGGCUGUGUACACACGAAAGAUUCUUUUCGCUACUGCGUGAGGAGGUAAAGUUUGGAAAGAACGACAAGAAGGCAACGGUAAUGAAGGAAAUCCGCUUCUACCUGCUGCACCUGACACUGUUAAGUGAAUAUCUGGAGCUAGAGUUUGCCAGCGUACGCAAUAAGCUUCGUUUUCCGUUCGACAUCCACAAGCUGAUCGAUGACUGGGUACUCAUGAUAUAUCUGGUCGGAAACGACUUUAUUCCGCACUUGCCGAACUUGCACAUUAACGAGAACGCGCUGCCCACGCUAUAUCGUGCGUACAUGGACGUGCUACCCGAAAUGGACGGGUAUAUUAACGAGAGUGGGAUCUUGAAUUUGCCCCGAUUGCAGCUACUAAUGCGACGACUGGCCGUCUUCGACCGGGACACGUUUCUCGAGCAUUACACCGACCUGAAAUAUCUGGAGUCGAAAUGUGGCAAAAACAAUUUGGAAGCAUUCGAUGUGUCGGCUGAUGAGAUUAUUAGUUCGAGCAAAGCUAAUGAUGAUCUGAUGGCACUAAUCAUGUCGUCUAAAAUGCUGGACUCUGGCGACGAAGAUGAAGAAUCGCAAAUUUCUGUGGGUGAUAUCGAAAACGAUCCGGUGCUGUUUGAGAAAGAGUUCAAAAGUUAUAAACGGAACUAUUACAUGACCAAAAUGGGUUAUGCUGAUUUUAAUGAAGACGUUCGUGCGGAACAAGCGGAAUGUUACAUACGAGCGCUCCAGUGGACACUACACUAUUACUAUCGGGGCGUAGUGUCAUGGUCAUGGUACUAUCCGCACCAUUACGCACCGUUCAUUAGCGAUGUGGAUCAUUUCGAUCAUCUGAAGCUAGAGUUCGAUAUGGCGCGUCCGUUUCUACCGUUUCAGCAGCUUCUAAGUGUGCUUCCGGCGGCCAGCAAGAGCCACCUUCCUGCAGCCUACCACCAGCUCAUGAUCGACCCAAACAGCCCAGUCUACGAUUUCUAUCCACCCGAGUUUAGCACGGAUCUGAACGGAAAGCAGCAAUCGUGGGAAGCGGUCGUACUGAUACCGUUUAUUGACGAACGACGACUGCUCAAGGCGAUGAAAACUUGCGAUGAGUAUCUAACUGACGAAGAAAAGCAACGAAAUGUACACGGACCAAUGAUCCAGUAUCGGUACGAUGCCAAUCAGCAGGACCCGCUCGAGGCCAAGUAUGGCUUCGAACGGAUUGACAUACUUCCGGUGAAACGCACUGAAAUCUUUCGUGACGAUCUGCACGUGGCAGAGAACAAGCUCGUGCUCGGACCUUCCAAGGGAUCUCUCCUGGAAGGCUACGCUACCGGGUUUCCGACUUUUAAACAUUUGCCAUAUCAUGGCAAAUUGAAAGAGAUGCGCGUGAAGGUGUUUAAUUUUCCCAGCAAAAAUGACAGUAUGGUUGUGUGCUUGGAUGAAGUGCCCAAAGAGCAGCCGGAUACGGCAACACUGGCAAGGGAAUUGUUGGACAAAAUCGUUUACGUAAGCUGGCCUCAUUUGAUGGAAGCUAAGGUUGACAGCGUUUCCGACAAACAUCAGCUGUUGAAGCGGAUUAACGAGGCUGAGAAGGUUGACGAACGGAUGUUCAACAUUUGGUGCAAGUCCAUCGCUGAGCACAACGAAACCCGGCUUGCGCUAAGCGUUGGGCCAAUCCACCAGCUGGUGCAUGUACGAACGUGCGUCGGCACGGAAUACGUUCUGAAGGGUGACGGGUUUGUUCUGAAUCGAUUGUGGAACAACGUCGCUAUGCCUUACCCGGCCCAGUGCAUUGUACGGGAAGUAACUGAUGUAAUUAAGCGACAAGAGUCAUAUAUUACCAUCGAAAAAAUGUUCCCGCUACAGAGUACAAUCUUUUUGCGCGCAACCGACUGUUACGGUUGCAUGGGCGAGGUGGCAGACAUUUCGGAUAAGCGUAUCCAAGGCAAAUUCUUGGUUUACGAAGAGCCGGAAGUGCGGGAAGUUUUCCAGAUGCACAAACAAUCGCUUCAAGGCUAUCGCUCUCCCAAUGAUACAGCUGCCAAGCUCGGAAUAUCUGUCAGUGUAUUACUGCAGCUAACGGGCACGAUUCUAGUAGCACACGGCGGUCACCGCUCACUGAAUAUAGAAAACGAGAAAACGGUUAACAUUGGACUGAGGUUGCGCAUGAUGUCAAAGAACGAAGCGGCGGUGGGAUUCUGUCGGCGACUGCAUAACCGCACAUGGGUGUUCUCCGACCGCACAGUAAAUCUCCUGCAGCGGUACGAUGAGUAUGCGCCUGGUUUAUUUGAAAAGCUCGAAGGUAGCCGCAACAAUGUGCACUUUGAGAGUGAUCUUUUCGGCGAGGGCAACGAAGGCAAGCUGGACGAACUGCACAAAUGGCUCAAGGAACAGGAGCACAACGAGGCCGAGCGGCGCAGCUGUAGUAUCGAGCUGCUGGAACGAAACGCAAUUGAGCGUCUGGUAACGCUGGUCGAUGAGCACAAUGAUAAGCAGAUACCUAGAGUGCGAACCAUGCUAGUUCCGCCCAAGGAUCUCUUGCGACCCGGCAUGAAGAAGGCCAAAACACUCGAUCCAAAUGCACACUUUGAGCUGCUGGAUCGAGUGGUGGUAGCAUCGGAGGCGGAAGAUGCUCCCGUAGGUAGACGCGGCACAAUUAUUGGUAUUCACAAGGUGACCGAUCCAAACCCCGUGCGCCGUGAAGCGAUCGGCCAGGAGGACAAUUAUUACGAAGUCCUGUUCGAUCAUUCCUUCCCAAAAGGUGUAAGUGUGUAUGGACUUGCGGGAACGGAGAAACGUGUACAGCGGAUGGCGCAAGGUGCGUUGUUGAACAUUUCCUACGGCCGUGCUUCGAAUGGGCAUCAACGCGGAGGAAAACAGUCGUCGGCGGCUGAUGUAAGAACAACGCAUCAUAUCGUACUGGGUAACAUGAGCAACAAUCAGAAUGGACCACAGUCGUCGAUCCAGCAUCGGGUAAAUGAACGAAUCGGCAAACGAAAUGGUACCAGGAAUGUGCCGAAUGAAAAGGCAUCCCAGCAGGAAAAUCGUGCUAGUGAACCCUCCACAGUCAAUUCUCCACGAUCAGUUACUACGCAGCAAGCGACGGAGCACCAACCGAUGGAAAAACAAGCUGCCAUCCUUACGACACCGAACAAUGUUCCCUCGGCGGACAUACAGCAACAGCAGAGGAAAAAUGAGUUUGAGCGGUUCUGGAAAAAGCUUAAGGAAUCCACCAACAACAGUGCAUUCGAUGAGAACGACAUUAAGCACAUUGCCCAGGUGAUGUCGAACAGUGCACUUCAGCCAGAAUCGAUCACUGUCGGUCUUUCGGACAAAAACGAGAAACCUCAAUCGGUAACUACGACGGUACAGCCAGAUGGCGAUCAAAUGACGGGAAUGUUGAAAAAAAUGCUCCGCAUUAAUGAUGGUCAGCAAGAGGGAAAAAGCCAGCAAACAGGAGAUGGUGCGCCGCUUGUGCAACCUCCGCUGGCCAGUCUACCGAAGCCACCACUGCAGUGGCGUAACAAGGAUAACGAGCCCGGUGGGACGAAGUAUGAACAGCGGUAUCAACAAUCGCAACGGCCUGCUGGUGUCAUCCCUGGUGGAAGUACUUCCAAUGUGAGACCUCAAAUAACUCCUGUCGCACAUCCAAGGCAAUUCAACAUGCAGACAAUAUUCAUGCGCCCUCCGAACUUCCCCCUACAGCAGCAUCAGGUACAGCAGCAAUUCUAUGGGCAUCCUAAAAUGCAGCAACAACCAUAUUUUAUUCAGCGGGCCCCCGACCCCACGAUGAUUCUUGGUCGUGGUGCGGUUCAAUCGAACAACUAUGCACCACCGCCUCGUAGGCCCAUCUGGCAAUCAGUGCCGCCGCCACUACAGUCAUUGCCGCCGCACAUAGCCAUCGACAGUAAGCCUAUAUCCGCACUGUUCAGUGGUGCACCAGCAGCACCCAUGAUGCCAUCGUACCCGAACCGAGGGCCAAUCGGUCCCCAAAAUCUGAGCUACAAUCGAAACAAUCCGGCCGGAAAUGGUGCCUUCGUACCACUGCAAGCUAUGAAGAAGAAUGCGAAAAUACGAGCUGCCACAACGACGAACAACGGCAACGUGCCGGAAGCAUCGUGUGAAACCACAAAAACAUCGGCCACGGUUCCACCGAGUAAACGAAAAUCGAACCCAAAAACUACUAGUGCACCAACGGCAACGAUAGCAGUAAGUAACGAUGCGAACGAACGAAAUGCGAGUCGCAAAGCGGGUCGAGUCAAAGAGGUUGCACAAACAACGAAUUCGGAUGGGUCCAUGUCCGUUGAGCAGCCAAACAGCGUAUCUGAGAUAGAUUUAAAGACUAACCAGGAACAAGUAACAAAAGACUUGCAGCAGCAGCAGCAGCCAGCGCUGUCGCUGCAACUCGACGAAAAGCACAAACCGUCAAGCCAAGAACAACCGGUAGCUACAAAUGAGAAGCAACUUACGGAUACGGGUAAUAGUAAUACAGUGUUGAAAAAGAGUAAGAAACGCAUAGCAGCACGGUUUGGUUCUGCACCCGUUGGCUAAACAGCUGCGAAGAAGACCAAUGCUAAGGCGACAUUACUUAGACAAACGAACUAUGACUGCCAAUAGAAAGUUGUCGUUCAAUGAUGUGUGGUACUAGGAGAUUUUAUUCAUAUGAUAUUUGUCCCGGUUUCCCUUCGUGUGCUAGUUGGGAGGCGAUUUUACUGUACCUUUUAUCGAUUUGUAUCUUUUUUUUAAGAGAUUGUGACCUCUAGCUGUUAUACAUUUAAAUAAUAGUGCACUUCACUCCUUUUUUCUAAACUAUUACAUCAUGUUACUUCCAUUUUCAAAUACUCCAAAGUGAAAAAUUUUAAUUGUUUUUAUCUUCAACUUUUUAAAUGUCUAAUCUUUUCGAUUUCUAAAAUACGGUUUUCUUUCCAUUAUCGAAACAACUGUAAAA